AUGCUCCAGCUCAACGAGGUCGACUGCAUGGUCCCGACGCUCAUCGAGGAGCGCAUGCGGCUGUACGCCAUGGACGACCAAGCGCCGACAAGCCUCGACCCGACAUGGAGCGACGACGAGGCCUGCGACGUGUACAUCCCGACGGCGUACCUCACGUCGACGAGCGGGCUCGCCAUGUACUGCCCGCAUACGACGCUCGAGAUGCUCUCGACAAGCGACUGUACGAGCGAGGACGAGCCGACGAUGGGCCUCAGCAUGUACCUCGAGGCCUUCAACUUGCUCUCGCCGCGCCGAGGCGCUGCCAAGCACCGCCCGUCCUGUAUCAAGAAGACUAUCAAGAAGCGCAAGGCCGGCAAGGCGUCGACCAAGAAGACCGUCAAGCGCAGCGUCCAGCGCGCGUUCCUCUGA